AUGCUCCGCACUACCAAACGCAAAACGCAAUCCUCGACCCUCUCCUCCACAACCUCCGCCAAUGAAUCCGACAAUCGCGAGCUCUCGGACACCAGCGCCGGUAGAACCUCAGCAUUCACUUCCGACAAUUGUCGCGACGGAACCGGUUCCACGAUGCCCGCUACCAUAGUGGCCGAGGAAGCCGAUGGUGGAGUGCUAAGUGUGGAUGAUCCUCGUAAACCCCUCUUAGGCACAACAUUUGCAGGGGUUGAUGGUACCAAGAUGAGUAGGGCUCGGGCUAAGAAUAGGAUUGUCAAUGGUGGUUCUUAUAAUACAACUACGAUUACGAAGUCAACAUCUUCAUUACAUCGUGAAGCGAGAGACGAAUCAGAUCGAGAAGGAGAAGACGACGACGACGACGACGAGGAGGAAGAAGAACAAGAAGAAGAAGAAGAAGAAGAAGUAGUAGUAGAAGAAGAACAAAUGAUGGAGAAUAUUAGUCGAAAAUCGCAAUGGAUUUUAUUGGCUGUGGCUAGUGGUGCUUGUGCGGCUUUCAAUGGUGUUUUUGCGAAAUUAACAACUACACAAUUAACGACUUCUUUUGCAGAGAAUGUUGCAGGUUUUUUUGACUUAGGAGAGGGUGAAAAGGUUGUUGAAUAUGGCGUGCGAGGGAUAUUUUUCCUCCUCAACCUGGUCUUUAAUGGUAUAAUGUGGACGUUAUUUACCAAAGCCCUCGCGCGCGGUACCUCGACCGUUCAAGUCUCUAUCAUAAACACAUCAUCAAAUUUCAUGAUAACAGCCGUCCUUGGCUUUAUAAUUUUCUCGGAAAGUUUACCACCAUUGUGGUUUUUGGGCGCAGCAUUAUUGGUUGCAGGGAAUGUGAUUAUUGGAAGGAGAGAAGAGGAAGAAAAGGGGGGUAUUAGUGGGCACGAUGUAGAGAACGGCGAAGGGAGGAGAAGAAGCUGGAGUGGAGGGGAAGAAAGGCUAGGGCUUUUGGGGGAAGAGCUAGAAUUGGGCGGAGGAAUUGUGGAGGGUGAGGAUGGGGAUGAUAAAAGAGAUGAAGAUGUUUUGGAUUUGGGAUUGGAUGACGAAGGGAAGAGCGACGAGGAGGAGGAUUUGUUGAUCCAUUAG